ACAUUCAUUUUCAUUCGUUGUUCACUCUCCAUAGCGCGUUGUUCUCCAUCACACCAAUAAAAAAACCUCUCGGUGAGCUCUCCUUGUCUCGAAUCAAACACCAACCAACAACAACAACAAAAAAAUAUACUCCCUUUUUUUCUGUUCUUUUUUUUUUUUCAACUGACUAUAUUCUUUCAAUAAGAAAGGAAAAAAACAGUGAAAAAAGAAUAAAAAAAAACAAAAACCCUUCGAAUCAAAUAUGGCUGACGACAGAAAAUACAGUAUUUGUGGAUAAUAAAAAAAAAAAAACAUCUCUUGUUCCGGAUCUCAACUUUAGUUUAUAUUUUUUCUUACUCACUGUUUGUGUGUGUGUGUUGAGAAGAGAAAAAAAAAUUGACAUAAAACAUUCCCGUUUUUAACUUAAAAAUUCAAACAACAAAAAAAGUUCCUAAAUUUCCUUUUUAUUCUCUUUUUUCGAUAUAAAAUUUAAUAAACAAGGAAAUAAAAGUUAUAUUCUUUACAUUUUUACAUACAAAAACAGGAAAAAAGUCAGUCUCCCUUUUGUUUCGGAUAUAAAUUCCCUAUACUUUUUUUUGAUUCUGCUGUGUGUGAUUCCGGAUUCCCUUUAAGUUCUUCUUCGUCUUUUUUUUUUUUUUUUUAUUCUACUUGAUUUUUCAUACAUACAAAAAUUCAUUCCUACUCUCUUUUGCAAGAUACCAAAAUCCACUAAAAAAAAUUUACAGAAGGGUGUGCGCUCGCUGCUCUGUGUACUUCUGCUUGCUGCUGCUUUGUGCAACGAAGAAUAAAAAUAAAAAAAAUAGAGAAAAAAAAGAAGCAGCAAAAAAAAUCAGGAAAAAAGUGUUAAUAAAAUAAAAAUUUGCAUUAAUAAUUUGUUGUUUUAUAUUAUCUUCUCCCAAGAUUAAAGAGCAGAAGAUUUAAGUGAUUUUAGUGUAAAAAUUGAAUCAAACAAAAAAGGAAAAAACGCCCCCGUGGAUUACCCCCCUCAAGGCAAAGAGAACAAAAAAAAAAAAAAGGACAUCGACAAGAGGAAACAAAAUUAAAUUGCAAAAAAAUAAAAAUUCUUCCAAAACGCUCUACACAACUCCGCCGUCUUCUUCGUUACAAUAACAACAACAACAAAAAAAUCCAUACCCAUAUACAUAUACUUGAAACACUGUCAACAAUCUAUUCCUUCCCAAAAUCUUCAAAAAAUUCCUAAUCGAAUGUGAAACAUUUUUGGAUAAAAAAAAAAAUUCCUUUUUUUACCAAAUAACGCAUUUCUUCAGAAACAUUCAACGAAUAUCAUAUAAAAUUUGAUAUUACUUUUAUACAAAAUGACUGAACAAAGUAUUAUUGGGGCACGUGCCUCAGUCAUGGUCUAUGAUGAUACCCAAAAGAAAUGGGUACCAUCGGGAUCAUCAUCUGGUCUCAGCAAAGUGCAAAUCUAUCAUCAUCAACAAAAUAACACAUUUCGUGUGGUGGGACGCAAGUUGCAGGAUCACGAAGUGGUCAUUAAUUGUUCCAUACUCAAGGGAUUGAAAUACAAUCAAGCCACAGCGACAUUUCAUCAAUGGCGAGAUUCAAAAUAUGUUUAUGGUUUAAACUUUUCCAGCCAACAGGAUGCGGAAGCGUUUGCUCGUGUCAUGAUGCAUUCGCUUGAGGUGCUUAGUGGUCGUGUUGCUGCAAAUACACCAGCAAUGCCAACAAAUGGCAAUGGCUAUGAGGAGGAUAUGGGCUAUCGAACGAUGACACGUGAGGACGCAGCAAUAUUACAACAGCAACAGAAUAUGUCGGGAAAUGUAACGCCCUCGGCCCAAACACCAACCUCACAAACAAAUCAAAACAACAUACCACAGAGCCCACCGACGCCACAGGGCCAUCACCGCACAAGCAGUGCACCACCGGCUCCACAACCACCUCCAAUGUCGAUGCCACAACAGAUUUAUGGUCAAAAUCAAAUAACUGCCAAUGGUAUCCUUCAGCAGAAUGGUAUUAUCGGAGGGGGCGGUGGUAGUGUAGGUGGUGGUGGUGGUAUAAAUUCUGCUAUGAUGCAACCUCCACAAGCGCCACCAAAUUCACAAGGCGGUAUUCCACCACAGCAGCAGCAACAACAACAGCAGCAGCAACAACAGUCGCAACAACAACAACAGCUGCCACAACAACAACAAAAUCAGUAUCAUGCUCCACAACAACUCGCACAACAGCAUCAUCAACAUCCCGUGUAUUCAUCACAACAAUUGAUAAACAAUUCAUACCAACAACAACAACAAAAUCAGUAUCAGCAACCCAUCUAUGUGUCAUCUAGUUCUAAUCCAAAUCUAAACCAUCAUCAAUACUCACAACAGAAUAUCGGCGGUGGCGGUAUGGACAGAGGUAGCUUACCUCCUCUGCCUCCACAAAACCAACAACAACAACAGCCACAGCAAGCAAUGCAAAAUGGUCCCAUUUAUGUUUCAUCGUCACAAAGUCAAGGCAUUCCAUCGUCAGCGAGUUCCAAUAGUGUCGUCUAUGCUAGCCAACAGCAACAGCAGCAACAACAGCCGCCCCAGCAACUGCAGCAGGCACCACCACAGCCACCGCAACCACCACAGCAGCCAUCACAUCUUCCAAUGAUAGAUCCUUCAAGUGGUGGCGGGCAAUAUGGCCAAACGAAUGGCCCAAGUAUUGCUGUAACUGAAAAUCUUUACAGUCAGAUUCCAAUGGCACCGCCAAUGUUGCCAUCCAUGGCUGGCUCACAUAAUGGUAUUCCUAUGCCACCACCGAUGAUGAAUCGAGCUGCUGCCCCAGGUGGAGGAGCACCAGCAGCUCCACCACCGCCACCAGCUUUCGGAGGCGGUCCACCAAUGUUUAAUAAUAAUAGUGGCAAUACACAUGGAGGACCGGCUGCAGGUGGUGGCAUACCACCGCCACCUCAACCUCCAGCUGCUCCACCUGCACCACCAAUGAUGGGUGGCGGUGGAGGUGGUGGACCUGGUGGAGCGCCUGGAGGACCAGGUGCCCCACCGCCACCACCACCUCCACCAAUGGGUGGUUUGAUGCAGAAGAAAGAAGACCCAGCCGCCGAUUUUAUGGGUUCAUUGGCAGCACAAUUGCAACAAGCACGACUCAAGAAAAACAAGACUGCACCCCCACCGGCUGAAAAUAGUGGCAGCAGCACAUCGAGUGGUGGCAGUGGAAACUAUGGAACAAUUGGUCGUAGUUCAAAGGGUAUGGCUUCCAUGAUGGAUGAAAUGGCUAAAACAUUAGCAAGGCGAAGAGCUGUAACUGAAAGAAAAGAGCCGGAUCCAGCAGAAGAAGCACAAAAUGCCAAACAACGCCCAUGGGAAAAAUCAAAUACCUUGCCACACAAGUUGGGAGGAUCGAAUUCAAAUGGCAAUUGCAAUUCGGGAAAUAAUAAUUCUUCAAAUAGUGGUAGUGAAUCGCCACGACCAAUUAGAAAACGAUUUGGCAGUGCCAGUGAAGAAACGAUACUUAAGCAAGUGAAUGGUGAAGGACUCUCCCUAGCGUUGUCAGCUGAUCUAGAUAGCUUAAAAGCUGAAAUUGUUCGAGAAAUGCGAUUAGAAAUCCAAAAAGCAAAACAAGAAAUUAUAGAUGCAAUAAAAUCGGAAUUUAAUCGGAGGUAAGAGCUAUGCCCGAUGAUGGUAAAGAUGAACAACAAAAACAAAAAAACACACACACACAUACACUAAAGAAACCUAAAAUUACAAGUUUUUUAUAUAAAUUUUAAAUUUAA